AUGGACGAUAACGUUCUCAAGAUCUGGCAGCUCCAGCCGUACCAGUUGCAGUUCAAGAACCCUUUGUGGCAGAUAGGAAUGGACAAACUGACACACACUAUCGCUGAACAACUGGGCUACAAGUCCGUCUCGAUGUACAAGAUGUUGGUGUACGGGAAAGGACACCGAAAAGGAGGACGGUGGAUAACAACGCUAGUGAUUCAACUGCCAAUGAAGCACCGACAUGAUUUCGGUAAGAAGGACGGUACGGCGGCGUAUUUACCACACUAUGCUGUGCACUACGCGGACGCGGAGCAUGCGCUGGAGAAGGUGACGAAGCGCUUUCGUCUUGCAAUGCGUCACCUCGAGAGAGAUCGCGAUAAGCUGAUGAGCGAAAGGCUCGCCAAUGCGAUCCGCACGAUGGGACCUGACGAGGAAUCGUUCGCGCUGCUGUUGGCGCACGAGUACACGGAGAAGAGCGUUGGGAAACUAGGCUCGGGAGAUCUAAAGGGCAUCGAUUGCGCGAGAGUCAUGGCUCUGCAGGAUGCAAACGCUGCUGUGCCUGCUGACAAGGAGCUGCUGUUUUACAUCGCACAGUUCAUGGAGACGAUUCAGCUGGAACUCGAGAGAGAGGCGAGCAGAUCCAAGCUUCUAUCGACCGAUUUUUGCCGUAUUCUAUGCGAAUUGCUGGUGGAUGUUUGUGACGCGCAACUCGUGAAGACAUUCUUCAGCAAGUAUUUUAACAAGAUGGAAAGCGAGAAUGCCGCUGUUCCUAGCCUAGUGAAGGUGCUGCAAUCGUUCAACUGGAGCGAAGUUGGACAAGUGUGUCUGGAAUCGCUCGGCCAACUUGGCGACAAGUUUGCCGCGCUGAAAGAUAUCGCCGACAAGAGGAAGAAUUUCCUGAAAGACGCCCAGGUUCAGACAUUUUUGAGAGGCACCGACAUGUCGAUGACUACCAACGGGGUGAGCACUUUCAGGAAUCUACAAGACGCUCAAAACUACGCUGCUAAAUGGAUGCGCGCGAAUCAAGAGGAUGAUUGGUACGUGAUGGAAGCCGAAGAGGAGUAUGGAACCGCAUUCGUGGUGAUUACCAAGGCGAAAGGAGCGGACUUUGAUGUUGGUACGCGUGGGUCCAAAUUCGUUGAGACGAUCAAGAUGGAGCACUCGUUCCAGCUCCACCGCGUCAUGCAGCAGCAAUUUCGUGAGAUCCGGACAUUGCAACAGCGCUACGCGGAUUGCCGGAUCACUGACCCCACCGCAAUGCCUGGUAUUCUGAACGAAUUGUCGAAGCUGCGGCUCGAACACCGCUCGCAAGUGCAAACCCUCAAGAGCAAACAGGCACGUGGCAUGAUCGGCAACUAG